GCGCAUGAGCAGAGCAUGAGCAGAACCCGGCACGGAGGGGGCGGAGCCUUUGGCAGUGGGGGGCGGGGACCCGCUGCCUGCGCAGGCGCACGGAACGCCGGCCUCCAAAAUGAAGGUGCUUAUAGGCGAGGGCCAGGCUGCUUUCUGCCAGGCGGUGGGACGGGCUUCAUCGGCAGGGCCCUGACUCGACUGCUGCGCUCCCGAGGACACGAGGUGAUGGUGGUCUCCCGGCAGCCUGGUGCCAAUCGGAUCACUUGGAAUGAGCUUACCCACUCUGGGUUGCCCCCCUGUGAAGCUGUGGUCAACUUGGCUGGGGAGAACAUCUUCAACCCCUUCAGAAGGUGGACUGAGACCUACCAGAAGGACCUACUCAGCAGCCGUGUAGAUACUACCCACAUAUUGGCUACAGCCAUUGCCAAGGCCACACAGCCCCCUCAGGCCUGGGUCUUGGUCACAGGCACAGCUUAUUACCAGCCCAGCCUGACUGCAGAGUAUGAUGAGGACAGCCCGGGUGGUGAUUUUGACUUCUUCUCAAAACUGGUAUCCAAGUGGGAAGCAGCAGCCAAGCUCCCUGGAGGUGCCACACGCCAGGUGGUGGUUCGCUCUGGUGCUGUGCUGGGCCGUGGGGGUGGUGCCAUUGGCCACAUGCUGCUGCCCUUCCGCCUAGGCCUUGGUGGGCCUAUUGGUUCAGGCCAACAGUUCUUUCCCUGGAUCCAUAUUGAGGACAUGUCAGGGAUCCUGGUCCAUGCUAUAGAGAAUAACCAUGUUAAUGGGAUCCUGAAUGGGGUUUCUCCAGCUUCCUCUACCACCAAUGCUGAGUUUGCCAAGGCCUUAGGUGCUGCCCUGGGUCGCCCUGCCUUUCUCUCUCUGCCCAGCCCUGCUGUCCAAGCAGUCUUUGGGCGAGAACGUGCUGUCAUGCUGCUGGAGGGCCAGAAGGUGAUACCUCGAAGGACUUUGGCCAGCGGCUAUCAAUAUGUCUUUCCAGCGUUGGGGGCUGCCCUGAAGCAGUCUGUGUCUUGAAGAGGCUUAAAGGACUUUUUCUCUGAAAGGGGCCAUCCUGUUCAGAUCUUGAUCCUAUGUACAUAACCAAUUCCUUAGAACAUUUUACUGAGGCUCUCACUCUGUGUGUGUAUGUAUGUGUGUACACACAAACAUAUGUAUAAGAUAUUUAUAAUAAAGUACCAUUAGUGACUUCA